AUGAAGUGGGUCUUUUUGGUAGCCCUUUCGAUAACUUUGUGCUCAGCAAUGCCAAGGUUUCCCCGCAUUCAGUACAAGAUGCCUGAACAAUUACCACCAAAUUACGUCCAAAGUUGGUUCACAAGCUUUGUUGACCACUUUGGUUCAGGGAUAGAGACAUUCCAAAUGCGAUAUUUUAGCAAGAAUACCUAUUGGACUAACAACACUCAAGCUCCAGGCCCAAUUUUCUUUUACUGUGGAAAUGAAGGAGCUAUUGAAAUGUUCAUUGAGAACUCUGGCUGGAUUGACCAACUUGCUUCUCAGAUGGGUGCUGCAGUUGUCUAUGCAGAGCAUAGAUACUUUGGACAGUCAAUGCCUUUUGGAAAUAGGUCAUUUACCAGUCCACAAAACCUCAAGUAUUUGUCUCCUCACCAAGCAUUGGGCGACUAUGCCUAUCUAUUGCAAAACCUUAAAAUCAUGUAUUACGAUGCACCAGUUAUUGCUUGGGGUGGAAGUUAUGGUGGGAUGCUUGCUGCUUGGUUUCGUAUGAAGUACCCUAACCUUGUUGUGGGAGCAAUUGCUUCAUCUGCUCCUAUUUUCCAUUUCAUGGGAAGUGUGAACCCAGAAGAAUUCAAUGAAAUUGUGACUAAUGACUAUGCGAUGGUCGACACAAACUGUGUCCCUUACAUUAAAACUGCUCAUGACAUCUUAGGAGUUUGGACCAGAAACAGUACCUUAUGGUGGCAGCUACAGGAGAUUUUCAAUACUUGCACAGAAGUUAUUACUUAUAGCACUGCCAGCAAUAUUAUCAAUUGGAUCGACAACGCUUUAACUUAUAUGGCGAUGACUGAUUAUCCUUAUGAAACCAACUUUUUGGAGCCAAUGCCUGCAAACCCAGUAAACGUAGCUUGCAGCAAGUUCAAUAAUCUUGCUGAUGAUGCAACUGAUGCAGAAAUAUUAGCAGCAAUCAGAGACGCUGUCAAUGUUUACUAUAACUCUACAGGAAAUAAUACCUGCAAUCUGGUGGACCAACAAUAUGAUAAUGGCCUUGGCGACAACGGCUGGGAUUAUUUAAGCUGCUCUACCUUAGUAAUGCCUAUCGGCAGCGAUGGUGUACAUGAUAUGUUCCUCCCUCAGCCUUUCAGCAUUUCUGCAAUUGACUCAUAUUGUUUACAGACCUGGGGAGUUGCUCCAGUCACUGAUUAUGCCAAAAUUUUCUAUGGAUCAAGCACCAAUCCACUUGGACCACUCAGAUAUGCGUCAAACAUUUUAUUCCCUAAUGGAAGUCUGGAUCCAUGGCAGUCUGGAGGUGUUCUUGAAUCAAUCCAUGCUAACAGCGUCAUUGGCUUUAUAAUGCAAGGGGCUGCACAUCACUUGGACUUAAGAACUCCAAACCCUAGUGAUCCAGAAGAUGUGGUUACAGCAAGAAACACUGAAAAGCAACUCAUCAAAUACUGGCUUGCGACCGCGAAAUAA